AUUUGUGAUUCAUUUGCAUCCUUGAAGAGCAUCUGUAAAAGAGGAAGGAAAAGAUGGGUGUGAAAACAUUUACUCAUAGCUCUUCUUCCCACAGCCAGGAAAUGCUUGGAAAACUAAAUAUGCUGCGAAAUGAUGGACAUUUUUGUGAUAUCACUAUUCGUGUGCAGGACAAAAUCUUCCGGGCACAUAAGGUGGUAUUAGCAGCUUGCAGUGAUUUUUUUCGCACCAAACUUGUAGGCCAAGCAGAGGAUGAGAACAAGAACGUGUUGGAUUUACAUCAUGUUACAGUGACUGGUUUUAUACCCCUUCUAGAAUAUGCUUACACAGCCACUCUGUCAAUUAACACAGAAAACAUCAUUGAUGUUCUGGCUGCAGCCAGUUAUAUGCAGAUGUUCAGUGUUGCCAGCACCUGCUCAGAGUUCAUGAAAUCAAGCAUUUUAUGGAAUACACCCAACAGCCAACCGGAAAAGGGUCUGGAUGCUGGACAAGAAAAUAACUCUAACUGCAAUUUUACUUCUCGAGACGGAAGCCUUUCACCAGUAUCUUCAGAGUGCAGUGUGGUAGAAAGAACCAUUCCUGUUUGCCGAGAAUCCCGGAGAAAACGCAAAAGCUAUAUUGUUAUGUCUCCUGAAAGUCCUGUAAAGUGUAGCACACAAACAAAUUCUCCCCAGGUGUUGAAUUCUUCAGCUUCCUUCUCAGAAAAUAGAAAUCAACCAGUUGACUCUUCUUUAGCUUUUCCCUGGACUUUUCCUUUUGGAAUUGAUCGAAGAAUUCAGCCUGAUAAGGUUAAGCAGGCAGAAAAUACCCGGACUUUAGAAUUACCUGGCCCAUCUGAGACAGAUAGAAGAAUGGCCGAUUUUGUGACUUGUGAGAGCGCAAAAACUACCUUGCCUCUGGGUGCCGAAGAAGAUGUCCGGGUCAAAGUAGAAAGGUUAAGUGAUGAGGAGGUUCAUGAGGAAGUAUCCCAGCCUGUCAGUGCAUCUCAGAGUUCACUCAGUGAUCAGCAGACAGUGCCAGGAAGUGAACAAGUCCAAGAGGACCUUCUGAUUAGUCCACAGUCUUCCUCUAUAGGCUCUGUAGACGAAGGCGUCACCGAAGGGUUACCUACACUUCAGAGCACUUCUAGCACUAAUGCUCAUGCAGAUGAUGAUGAUCGAUUGGAAAAUGUUCAGUAUCCCUAUCAACUCUACAUUGCUCCUUCUACCAGCAGUACAGAACGGCCCAGCCCAAAUGGUCCCGACAGACCUUUUCAGUGUCCGACUUGUGGGGUGCGAUUCACCCGCAUUCAGAACCUAAAACAGCACAUGCUCAUCCACUCAGGAAUUAAACCAUUUCAGUGUGACCGCUGUGGAAAAAAGUUCACCAGGGCUUACUCGCUAAAGAUGCAUCGCCUAAAGCAUGAAGGUAAACGCUGUUUCCGGUGCCAGAUAUGUAGUGCCACUUUCACUUCCUUCGGGGAAUAUAAGCACCACAUGAGGGUUUCCCGGCACAUUAUCCGCAAGCCUCGGAUUUACGAGUGCAAAACAUGUGGCGCCAUGUUCACCAACUCUGGAAAUUUAAUCGUGCACCUGAGGAGUCUGAACCAUGAAGCGUCAGAGCUAGCAAACUACUUCCAGAGCAGUGAUUUCCUAGUACCGGACUACUUGAACCACGAGCAAGAAGAGACCCUUGUUCAGUAUGAUCUUGGAGAACACAGUUUUGAAAGCAACUCCUCUGUUCAAAUGCCUGUAAUUUCACAGGUCUCCUCAACCCAAAAUUGUGAAAGCACUUUCCCCUUGGGGUCUCUUGGUGGGCUGGCAGAAAAGGAGGAGGAAAUGCCGGAGCAGCCAAAGACCAGUGUUUGUGCCGAGGCCACCAGAGAGGACCCCCCAAAAUCAGAGCUGUCUUCUAUAACUAUUGAGUAAUUCCAUGGUUUCGCUUCAUUUUGGUUUUUGGAAAGUGCCUGUGCUUGGUCUUGUACAUUUAAAUUUAAUUUUACUUUUUAAACAAAAAAGGGUUUGGGAAAGAAUUUCCCUUUUACUUUGUGACCCUUGCAAUUGAUGUUUUGUUUUUCAUGACUGGGAGGUUGCUUCUGUAAGUGCACAAUAACAUGGUGUCGAAACAGAAUACAGACUGUGAGACUUAAGGAAAACCAGUUGACUUAAAACACCUGUUUCUUUUUGCGUUGUUAAAAGUAGGAACAGCAGCUCGUCAGGUAAAGAAGGGGUCAGGUGAAUACUGACCUUCCUGAAAGGGUACACCAGAAACAAAUUUCUGAAAAGAAUUUGACAGGCGGCCUGAAUAGAUGUUUACUCCUAUACACCAGACGUUGUACAGUAUUUUGUAAAGCCUGUUGUUUUUGGAAGUAUUUGUGGUAAACCUUCUUAAAAAUUAUUAGGGUAAAUACUUCUGAAAUCCAACAUACUUUUUUUUUUUUUUUAAGCUUUGUCAUUUCUAUUUUGAUUUUUCAUGGUGAAAAUUUGGUAUCAGUAUAGGCAUUGCCUAUACCUUUAUAGAACCAGUCCUCCAAAUAAUCUUACCUUUCUUCUGCAAAAGAAGGCAACGAACCGUGAUUGAGAAUAGUCCAGCUAUGCAUGAAAUGGCCAGGAAUGGAGAAUGUGGUAGGUAAAUGUCAGUCUCAUAGGGACUCUACAAUACUGCUUUUCUGGCUGAAAUUAUUGUUUACUUGGUCUUUGAAUGUUAAUUGCUGACUAAUUAGGUCACUGCCUAAAUCAGUUUCCUCUUGCCCCACCCACAAUACUUUCUCUUGCAUAUACGGUCGUGAUACUAUAUAAAGGAAAAAUAUUAGAGAUACUCUAUAUUUUAUAUGUAGGUUUAUGUAUUGUUGGGGGUGUUUUUAUUGUGCUGUUUUAGACAAAAUAAUAAAUUCUCUGUUAAGGCUACGUUCUUAACCCAACUAAGAUUGUUUACAAAAGUCCCAUAUGACACUGAUACUUUAUCUUUGUUCCAAAAUAUUUUUAGACCUUGCCAAGUUUAUUAAAAUCAGUUAGUGUAGUUUUCACACAACAUAAGCAAUAAUGUAAAAGAUGAGAAAAGGCUCAGAAUGAUGGCCUGUGACUCAUAAACCUGGGGGAAAACAAUUGUUAAGACUAAAGAAAAGCUAAAAAUCUUAAAUUAAUGAAUAUCACCUCUUUUGCUGCUAAAAAAAAUGAAACUUCAUGAUUUAUAAUUGAAUUUAUAUGCUCCUCUAGGCUAGAGUAUACUUAUCUAGUUACAUUUAAAGCAUCACUUACCUUACUCCUAAAUAUUCAUGAGUUUAUGAACAGUGAACUCUGAGUAACUCUUCUUCUAUGUAUAUACCCAAAGUUUAAUAAUUAUGAAAGCACCUGAUUAGAUCAGAUAAAAGGAAAUAAAAUAUAGUUUCUUAUUCAACACAAGAUCUAAAUUUCGUUCAGGUGCUAGACCUUAAUAAUAAAAUACAUUUUUUGUUUCAUUUUUUUAAACUUUGCUAAUUCUGUGAAUUAUUUCAUCUCCCACAAAUGUAAAGGAAGGAAAAGUAAACUUGUUGAAGAUUUUUUAGGUUAAUUUUCCUUCAGCCUCUUUCCAUAUUCUGCUGUCUUCAACUUGUUUCCAACUUCUUAUCUCAGUCAUGAACCUGUUUUUACCCUUCGUUCUCAGACGUACGUGUGUUACCUUCAGGAAAGUCAGCGUAGACAGGUUGUGAUGGGCUUCCACCAUUCAUACUUCUUUACUAUUAGGGUUGAAUUGCUUCUGCAGUAGGCAUAGUAACAGUCCUGCUGGGUCUCAGCUGGAAGGUCGGGAAUUUUUAAAGUCACAUACUUUGAAAACUGUUAUGCCUACCGAUAGAUAAAUGUCAAAGUUAAUUUUUAAAUCUUUUAUAGACAGGACAAAAAAUAGGCAGAAUUAUGACCAGCAGUUGUUGUCUCAGUUCUAAGAGUAAUUUUGAAAAGGAAGAAAAUGGGGCUAAAGAAAUGUGUUAGAACCCUUGGGGGAUCUUGUUGGUAGGAAGGGUUAGCACACCUGUCCCGAGAACGCUUCUUUAAUAGUUGGCACAGUUUGGGCAGCUCAAAGGCAUUCUGUGUUCUCAGAAUGUAGAAUUACCAUCAGUGGCUACUCUGAGUAUAGUACUGUGAAAGUGCUUACUUGGUUACUUGUCUCCUCUCCAGAUGUUAGCAAUAUGGUUAACUAACUAGUAUUUAACAUAAAACGAUAUAGACAGACGCCUUCUUUCUCGACUCCAGGGAGGCUCUACGUUUUACUUGAUACACAGUUUAAGAAUAUUUAGCUUAUGGAUCUCUUUUAGAAAAGCUGGGAGGGAUAAUUGUAUAUAGUGUUGAUUAGAUUUAUUUGGAAUUCAUCUACAUGAGGGAUGUCUGGAUAUGUAAUUUUUACGAGAAUAUAUGGAAAACAUUGCAAACAAAUGAAAGCCAGCUACAUUGUCUCAUUCAUUAGAAACUGUCGGUCUAACUAAACAUUAAAAAUUCCAGUUUUGAAAACUUGAGCAUAGCUGCCUUUUCUUAAGGCCCAAGAGGGUAACUGUCAUAUUUAAAGGGCUUAAAUUUUAGGAUGCAGGAUAAAUUGCCUUUUUAAAACCAAGUAUUUUAUACACAAAAAACAUUUAUUUUCCGUUUUUAAGCCACCAAAUAGGUGAGAUAUACUUUAGAAGUGAGCAAAGAUGCUGCUGUGACAGUGGGGAUGCAAUUCCUGCAGCCACUCUCCAUUUCUGAGGGUGUUUUCUAACAGUGGACACAUCUAGCAGGUCAGUGAUUGUACUAAUUCAGAAAUAGAUUAAUAUUGGGUUUUAUUUACUUUUUUAAAUUUUAAGUUUUCUGUAAAGGGAAGCUGAUGAAGUUUGUCACCCACAAAUAUAUUAAGUGAAUUUUUCUUAAUUUGAAUUUCAAGUAAUCUUAAUUUUUAUUUCAGGUAAUUGGUUAUACAUUUAGUUGCAUAGCCAGUUUUUAAAGUUCUUGAUCUCAGUGAGACAGGGUGAACUAAAAUGUUUAAAUAACCCCCUUCAGCCUUACACUUGAACAUUUCAGUAACCAUUCUGGAUUUGGUUCCAUGUUAUGGCAUGUGCCCUUUGGCUUUAAAAACAAAUGAAAAAGCUUCCAUUUCACUAACGCAUUUUACCGAAUGGGUGGACUAGUCAGCACACUAAUGUACUUAUCAUUGGUAACACUUACCUUCCAGCUACUGAGCAGGUCUCUCCUGAAGUAUAAGUGGUUCCCUGGGAGCCUUUGAAAGCUCUAUUGCUUGUUCAGUAUUUUCUUUUUCUUACUAUUUUUUAUUCUUGUACUUAUCUUAAUCUAAAUAGUGGCCAGUUAUCUAGUUUAGUGGCUUUUAUUUUGAAGAUUCUCAGAUCGUGUUUUCAUCUCUUUCAGCUUUGUAGUCCCUGAAAAAUACAUGACUGUGUGGUGAUUUGUACUGGAAUCCCAAAUGGAGAGAAUUAUUAUUACUUGGUGAAUGAACAAUCCUAAAAUUAUAAUAUUUAACUGAAAGGAGUUUGAGAUUUGAGGAAUUGAUGAAGAGAAUGAGAACUUGUCAUGCAGCACUUACUGUUUCCCCUCAUCUGCGAAACGUGGAGUCAUAACAGAUACACGUGCAAGGAGGGGUGACAGCUUUCUAGAUGCUAACAUUAAGGGGGAGCUCAUAAAGUUCACUUUGAAAGGACCCACAGUUGCUCAAAGGUAAUAAUUAAUUGUGGUUUCUCCACUGUAAGUUAUUAACAUAAGAUGCUUUAUUUAUAAUAUAUUUAGAUUUUGAAAGUUACUGAGAGAAGAAAAUGUAGAAACUUGAUUUUUUUUUUUUCCCUGAAGCAGUGAAACAAAAUUGGGGGAAGCUCUAUUGUAGUAAACACACCUGUGAGGAAUAUUUAUAGCUAAACAUAGUCCCACAGGCUUUAAGUUAAAAUCAGAGUUUAAAUUAAGUCAUUCCUUAUUUUGCCUGGACCCAUUUUUACCUUUCAGUUGCAUGACAGGAUGUGGUGACAGUAGAAGGUCCUCAGCAAGACAAAUUUGCAGAAGGCAAUAAUGGUUCAGAUGAAGCAAUGACGUGAAAUUGAGCCAACUGCCAGGUCCAGCUGAGGAACAGACACUCUGGAUAUUUCAUUUUUACAUUAUAAGUAUGUUGAGAUUUAUUAAGGGAAAGUUAAAUCUGUCAGCUUAUGGGAUGAAAAGACUCUUGGUGACAUCAUAGUUGUACUUUUUUU